GGACACUCGAACGUUCUCCAGAGUUCUGAUAUUUUCCUCUCUCCUCCCCGCCUUCCUCUCUCUCUCUCUCUAGAGCUUCAAUCGAUACGCAUGUGCAGACACCAUAGAUCCACAGUUGUGUUCUCUUCCGUACGUACAUGCUCACUUCUCGUCCUCUCUCUCUCUCUCUCUCUCUCUCUCUCUCUCUCUCUCGGUUUCCUGGAGCUUUGUAGUCUGUCCUUGACUCCUUUCACGGCGAUUGUCACCGUCUUAUACGAUCACUUACAGAAAAAAUCGAUUCUUUCUCCUCUAGUGAAGUACAGUAUUUGAUAUUUAACUGACGAUGUCAUUCUUUAUGUGCAUAUGUCUGCUGUUUUUUAUCCUCUUGAGAAGCAGUUACUUGAAUCAGCUCAGCUGUCUGAAUGGUGAGAAGCCUGAUGUCAGUUACUGUGGGGCAAUAUUGUGGUGGCUGACAUCCUUCCACAGUUGUCAACCUGCUUGGCUAGUGCAGCUGUAGCCUGGUAUGAAUUUCAAGACUGCGGCUGGCUUAGCUGGAGAUUGGUUGGUGCCUGGAACUCAUAUCCAAGGAGGCCGUGUGAAACUUGGGAGCUUCCGUUUGGUUGAUCGAUACCCUCUGCUCCAUAAACCUGAGAUGUUAAGUUUCUGGUCAGAAUGGGCUAGAGAUCAACUUCCAGUUUUCCACUCAAAGAAGACAGUGAAAAAAGUAACUGCAAUUAGGGCGGGGCAUACACUUGAGAUGAGGAAUCAUGUACUUUUUGAGAAGCAGAAUGCUUUGAGGUGGGACAUUAAGCAGGCAAUUGGAAGAAAAAGUUUGAAGGGGCUCAUGCAUAUUCACCAGAUACGACAAGGUCCUGUUCAAGGAUGUUGUAUUGCUCUAUCCAUGAAAGUAGCUGAGAUGUCCCACAUUGAUGGCCAUUCCAUAGAUGGUUUGCCCUCUAUGUCUCAAAGGGGCCUUCAAGGCAUGGCCAACUCCUAUCAUUGUCUUCCCCUCUUGGUGGCAGCUCGUGGACCACAGCUGAUUUAGAUUUAUGAGCAGUAGCGUUCUAAAUGGCGGCCGCCGGCGCUCGGCGGCAUGAUUUCACCCUCGGUGGCUUGUUCGGCGAAUAGGGAGAUUUGGCGGAGCUUGGUGGCUAGCGGAGAUUUGGAGGAGCUAUGCGGCGGUCUUGGCGGGACUUGAUUGCCUUAAAAAUAUUUAAAAAAUAUAUUUUUGAAAAAAACACCGAAUCGCUUGGUGGCGGGUCACCGCUUGAGUAGCGCCGAGUGCCAUUUAGAACACUGAUGAGCAGCAAUAAUAUGUGUU